CACCCAUUUCGGUUCGCCAUCAGCAGUAAUAGGCCUUUUCAUGUGACAGAUCCGUGCAUGCAUUUGUUUACAAAGCUUGAACAACAGCUGCUAACACGAACGUGUCAUCUUCAUAGAAGAACUGUCAAACGCCCGAAAAAUCAGCUGAUUUAAGACGUCACAUGAAAAGGCCUAUAGCUAUAGAGGCGGCCAUUGACAGUGACAGUCAGUCGUUCAUAGUCAGGAGAAGAUAGUGUGCGUGCAUCAUACGAGCGAAUGUGUCAAAAGUGAACUGGAAAAUUUUUCUGCAUACAAAAAUAAUCUGCCAGGUGAAAAAAAAGCUUCUGCUAACAAGUGUCCGCUUUGCGAGGUUUAGUGGUUGAAUUUAGUGGAUUAAUUUGCAACAAAAAAGUGCAGCUCAUCAUUACUGGACUCUUCAACAUUGAAAUAAAAUGUUUUUCUAGUCGCAGCUGGAUCCGUACCGCUUAUCAGUGAGAUCUGUACUUUGACCUUUCCUGGAGGACUCUCUCACUCAGGAGGAGGAGACCUGGAAUACAUUCCAUCACUGCAAUAGGAAUCAACAAAUCGGAUAUCACACACAAAAAAAUAUCAGGAUGAGCUCAUCACACUGGGAGGAAUUCUACGCUACCCAUCUGCCCCCGAACUGCUUCGAGGACAAUCGAUCUCUGCUGAAGGAGUUCUGCGAUCGACAUUUUAAGCUGGAAAGCAACAUCGUUCUCAUUACGUCCGGUGGCACAACGGUUCCGCUCGAGCACAACACCGUUCGCUUUGUAGAUAAUUUUAGCGCCGGAAACCGAGGCUCAGCCUCGGCCGAAUAUUUCCUAGACCAGGGUUAUGCCGUCAUCUUUAUGUACCGCACGAAAUCGCUGGAACCAUUCUCGCGGCAUUUCACCGGUCAGCAACUACUGGACAUGUUAGAACUUCACGAAGAAGGCAUGAGCACCACCAUCACUGUCAAACCGGACUCCGUGGACGUCCUGGCGCCCAUCCUGGACAAAUACAAAAACGCCCAGGAGACGAACCGAAUGCUGUACAUCACCUUCACCAGCGUGGUCGACUACAUGUGGCUGCUGCGGGCGGCCUGCGAAUGCCUCGCCGCUUUCGAGCGCAACGCCCUGCUCUACCUGGCAGCGGCCGUGUCCGACUUCUACGUCCCCCAGGACGAAAUGCCAACGCACAAGAUCCAAUCCGGACACGGUGCCCCAACCAUUUCCCUGCAGUUGGUCCCGAAAAUGUUGGCCCCCUUGGUCAGCCUAUGGGUCCCACUAGCGUACGUGGUCUCCUUCAAGCUGGAAACGGACGAGAACCUCCUGAUCGCCAAGUCACGCGAAAGCUUGAACAAAUACAAGCACAAACUGGUCAUCGCGAACAUUCUGCAGACGCGCAAGAACCGGGUGGUGUUCGUGACGCAGAACAAAACCUACGACGUGCUCCUCUCGAAGGAGCAGGCCCACAAGGGCCAGGAGAUCGAGGAGCAGAUCGUGUCGGACGUGGUCGAUCGGCACCAGGAGUUCAUCCGCGAGGGCGAAAUGCAGCAGCUGCAGCAACAGCAGCAAUGACCCCUACGGUCACCGCGGGCGCUUACGACGACGACGGCACCGGGGGCUGGAGGACAACUCCAAUCGCACCAGCCGCAGGUCGACUGCCGGGUGACGAUGCCGCACUUUUGCAAGAUACUGAACCCAGGGAGAAAGUACUGAGGGAGGCGAUGGGUAGGGUUAGGAAAUAAGGUUCGCGUUUAGACGGGGGUUUGUUGACCAAAUGUUGACGGGGACGCGCAGAUUUGUGUAUGUUCUAUUGUUUUGUUUCCGUGUGGGGGGAUGGGGAAGUAAAGGGUUGAAAUUGUGGUUAACAUGCACAGUAAAUGUGAACUAGCUACUUCGGUGUUAGAAUUUCGGGGAAAAAAGUGUCUACGGAAGUGUUAACACUGACGUUUGUUGAUAAAAGUGCAUUGUAUGUGUAAUAUUCGUCUGACAUCAAUCGUGGAAAACCAAAAGGGAAACAUAACGAAAGAAACUUAUUGUUUUGGUGGUAUUUGUGUGCUACGUAACGUACAUAGUUGACAUGUUUAGUGACACAUUGUAUUGAAGGAUAAGCAAAAACAAAACAAAGGGGAUAAAGGUGGAACAAAGGUUUUUUUUUGCAAAUUGCACACAGAAUAUAACUGACUCGAUAUCUACUAGUGAAGUAUAAAGUGAACCUUAAUAUUGUGUGUGUAUGUGUAGACUAGGUGCAGAAUGGAAUUACGAUGGUCGAUGGUUAUAGUGGAAAAACCGUACUAGGAGAAAUAGCGAAACUACUGGCGAAGUAGAUUGAUUUGUUUCACUUAGUUGUUGAUUUAUUAGCAAAAUUUAGUUAAUUUGUACUAGUACAUUGAGUUUUGAAAGCGUUUUGUUAUCUAUUAUCAAAAAUACUACAUCUUGAAAGGGAUUCUUAAUCGUCAUAAAAUACAGAAAGAUUAAGAAAACGUCA